AGGGCGCGGUCGUGGGGAGUGUGAUUCGGUCUCGUGCUCGCGCCCGCGCCCACACUUGUGCACUUUUGUCGCGCCGGUUUCCCUCCGCUGACCUGUACGCGGGGCUCAGUUCUCCAACCGCGUGCCAAGCUGCCAAGCAAGAUGAGGCGGGCAACGCUGCGGCUUUCUGCCUUGAGCAAGGGACUGCUUACUGCUGGCAGAAGACUGACCCAAGAAUCCAAGGGCCCCAGCAAACAUGGAGUCCUAAACAUGCAUGAAGCAUGUUCACCUAUACAUGUGAAACACGUGCGGGAUAAGUUGCGGGAGAUAGUAGGAGUAUCCACAAACUGGAGGUAUGUGCUUUUGUGUUUCAUCCCCAAGGAAUUGUGCUAGGUGAUAUUUAAGCUCAGGUGAUGGUCCUGUUGUAGGGAGGCCUGUUUGGACAUGGGUUGAAAGGUUUUUUAUUUGGGGAA